AUGAUUGGCAGUUCCCGCCGCCUGUAGGCGCAGGGAGGGGGCGGAAGGGGUGGGCGGAUCCGGAAGCGGAACGGGUAAAGGCGGAAGUGAGGGCCGGGGCCUGUGAGACGCACCGGCGGCGGCGGGAGCGGCGCUGCGGGCGUUGCAACCUGCCUCCAGGUGGAUCCCAGUGCAGAACCUGCAGCAUCCUUAACUCUCAGCACUCCUGCACUUAAGCCACAAUGGCAGGUCGAGGUGGGGCUGCCCGACCGAAUGGACCAGCUGCUGGGAACAAAAUCUGCCAGUUUAAACUUGUUCUCUUGGGCGAGUCGGCGGUGGGGAAGUCCAGCCUGGUUCUGCGCUUCGUGAAGGGGCAGUUCCACGAGUACCAGGAGAGCACGAUCGGAGCUGCCUUCCUAACACAGACAGUGUGUCUGGAUGACACAACGGUGAAGUUUGAGAUCUGGGACACGGCAGGGCAGGAGCGGUACCACAGCCUGGCCCCCAUGUACUACCGGGGGGCCCAGGCAGCCAUCGUGGUCUACGACAUCACAAACACAGACACAUUUGUACGAGCCAAGAAUUGGGUGAAAGAGUUGCAGAGGCAGGCUAGCCCCAAUAUUGUAAUUGCACUAGCAGGAAACAAGGCAGACCUUGCUACCAAGAGAGCUGUGGACUUCCAGGAUGCACAGACGUAUGCAGAUGACAACAGCUUGCUGUUCAUGGAGACGUCGGCAAAGACAGCGAUGAAUGUGAAUGAAAUCUUCAUGGCAAUAGCCAAGAAACUGCCAAAAAAUGAACCCCAGAAUGCUCCUGGUGGCCCAGGCAGGAAUCGGGUGGUGGACCUUCAGGAGAGCAGCCAGCCGAGCAGGAGCCAGUGCUGCAGCAACUGAGCAGCUGCUCCGGCCCGCGAGCCCUCAGAGGACGUGACUGGAACCCACGCUAACGAUCGCACUUACCGUAGGGCGGCCGCUGCCGGCGCCGCUGUGAUUCUCCAUCCCUUUCUGAUCAUAGGCUGGAGGGAGUUCUUCCACCUGCACCUUUCUGUACAAAUACUAAUUCAAUUCUAAGUCUUAAGUCACUUUUUUAAUAUAUGAACUUCUGCUCUUCCCUCUUCCUGGUGGUGGUGGAUGCAGGACCCGGUGUCUGCCCAGCCAGCGCGGCCGUCCCGCGGGUGAGGCCAGCAGCACCCAGGUCCCACAGCACUGUAGUUCACUAUGGGAAACAAAGGGAUAUUGGGACACGUGUUUAAAGUUCCCUGUCUGUAAGAGCUGAGGCUGAUCCCGUACGAUGUGCCCAGAACAACCACUAAACUGUAGCAUUAGAGACAAACUCCGGCUCUUGGGCCACUUAUUGACCAAAUCAGUGAUGAGUAUUCGGGGUGGGGCAGAGGGAAGCAAAACUGGUUUCUUCUGUAUUUUGUAUUGUAUGUUUCUCCAUGUAACCAAUCAGUAUCUUGUCAAUAUAGUACAUCCAACGAGCUGCCUGUUGUCUUUCUUUGUGUUGGACUCCAGCAUGCCAACUCUUCUUUUCUCUCUGUUCUGUCGUAAUGCACUAAUCCUGUUGCAAUUUUUGCAAAAGAUCUUGUAUAGAAAAUUGUCCUUUUCUUGAUGGUUGUGAUGCCACUAAUGUUGUUAACCCUGCUCUGGUGGGAAUACACACAAGGUUUACUGAUGUACAGAGGUGGGGUGGGGGAAACCUCGGGUAACCUGUCAGUGGGAACGACGUGUAUUGCAAAAGCCUGUAAUUCCACAAAGAAUGAAGGGAGGUAUUAAAUGGCUUCUGUUGCCAGACUCUAACUGAUGUUGGCUGCUGCCUAGUGCCUAAUGCAGUGUCUUAUGCAUCCUGGUAUUUAAGAGGAACUGUCAACUUAGUCUUCACCACAAACUUCAGUUUUGUGUGAUUAAAACAAAAUUUUUAUAAACCUA